AUGUGCAAUAAAAGGAGCUCACAGUCACACCUGAAACAUUGUCAAGAGAUCGAUCAUCUCAGAAUCACCAUGGCAAGAAUUGUUCUGCUGCUCCUUGUAGUCGCCAUUGCAAGUGCAAGUAUUGCUGCUGGAGAGACUAUGCCACCUAGCUGCGCUCAAUACCGACUGUCCUCCAAGCCUUGCCCAGAGAACAAUAACCCUGUGUGUGGUACUGAUGGAAUAACCUACAAAAAUGAAUGCAAAUUGUGUCUCAAAAGAAUGGACGCAGGUCUAAAUAUACAAAUAACCAACACUGGUGAAUGCUGAGACCAAGCUCACCAUCUACAUCAGGAUUGACAUACAACAGCUUUACAGCAAUUGUUAAUGCAUGUUUGUUCUGAGCUUUUUAAAAAUUAUUCAAUAAAGCAUCAAUAAAGCAUCAAUAAAGUGCAUGAAAGUCAUUGUUCA